AAGUUAUUAGACCUUAUUGGUAAUAUGAAAGUAGAAGUGAGCUACAGGAAGAAACUUGAACAGUUGAAAACACGCGAGAUCAAAAAGCAAGCCACAGACAAGCUGGAAGGCCCCGACAGUGAAGGUCCUGCGCUCAGGAGAACUACCGAAGACAUCCAGCGAGGCAAACCUUUAAAUCGAGAACUGGUGCAGGCUGCUUCUGCAGUCGCAUCUUCCCUGCCACUCAAGAAGAAACAGAUAGAAUCAGAACUACUUGCGCAGCUACGAAGACACGAAGAAACCACAGAUAAACAGAAAAAAGGGGGAACUAUUAACAUACGCAACGUUAUUUCAGAAAUGGCAGUUAAAAAGCAGUCCUCAGCUCCGAGAGGUGUAAGGAUAUCCAGUCGCAUUUCCUUGGGGCUGGAUGAGGAUGGUCAAAGAUUUGAGCCUGAAAGAUUGUCACCUCGGUCUCUUGACUCCAGAAGAAGUCUCAAAGUGGGAAAGAGGCUUAAUAUAUUCACUAAGGCUUCUACAGAAACAGAAAAUGCACUGAAAACAGUAUCUUCACCAACAAUCUGGGAUCUGGAAUUUGCGAAGGAGGUUGCAGCAAUAACUGCACAGCCUCCCCGAAACGGUUUUGAGGAGAUGAUCCAGUGGACGAAAGAAGGAAUACUGUGGGAGUUCCCAAUCGACAAUGAAGCUGGGAUGGAGGACGAUGCUGAAUUUCAUGAACACAUCUUUCUGGAGAAGCACCUCGAAGUCUUCCCCAAGCAAGGACCUAUUCGUCACUUCAUGGAGCUUGUCAUCUGUGGGCUUUCGAAAAACCCGUACCUCAGCGUUAAACAGAAGAUUGAACACAUUGAGUGGUUCCACAGGUAUUUUGAGGAAAAGAAGGAACUUCUUCAAGAGAUUUGA